AAGCAAAUGACUGUGCGGUUGGGGGCAGGACCGACAGUUGGGUGAUUGCAGCAUAAGCAGUAGGAGUCCUGGCCCGGGUUGCGGAAGAUCUCUGAGCUCAGAUUCUUCUGCUCUCCAAUCCACUCUGCGGAGUCACUAGAACAUCUCUCGUGCGCUCACAUCAUGCCCCUGAAAAGUAUUGGAAUCUUCUUACUCCUUGGUUGGCUGAGAGCUGCUAUAAUGGAAGAAGUACACGGUAUAGUAGGCGGUGAUGUUGACCUAAGCUGCAUUAGUCCUGAGGAAAAACAUUUUAAUUUAGAUAAAAUACUUGUUUAUUGGCAAACAAAACAUCCACCAUUAGUAUCUCUAAAGGCAUAUAUUCCUGGAGAUGAUACUUCCCAAUAUGUUAAUGCUAAGUAUCAGAACAGGACAUCACUGAGUCUUGAAAAAAUGGAAAGAGGCGAUUUUACUCUGCAUUUGUCUAACAUCACCACAGGAGAUGAACAGGAGUAUGAAUGCCAUGUCCUAGACAAAUCUAAUACUGAGCGUCUUUUCGCAUCUACGGUCCAUCUCCAUGUAGCAGCAAACUAUAGUGUUCCAAAAGUAACUGAGGAGACCAACAAUGAGGAAGUGACUUUUACCUGCACUUCCUACAAUGGCUUUCCAAAGCCAAAGGUUUACUGGGUAAACAAAACAGAUAAUAGUUUACUUAAUCAAAGCCUACAAAAUGAUACCUUCACCACCAAUGAGAAAGGCUUAUUCAAUGUCUCCAGUGUGCUGAAGAUUGCAUGGACUCCUAAUAUUAGUAUUGAAUGCUGUAUAGAAAAUGUGAACCUACAGCAAAACUUAACAGUUCAGUCAAGCUUUGUCCCUUCUCCAGAUGGACAAAUAGACCGUUGGACAAUCACCACCACCCCAAAUUCAUCUACACCACCUGAGAAAACACCAAAUAUUGCCUUCUUUGUUACAUCUGGUAUUAUACUUGUGAUUCUUCUGGGGGUUGCAAUUUGGAGUAAAAGGCUGUGUACAAGGAGACAUCACUAUGGAGAUUACACAGGUCCCGAGGGAAAUAGACAGAUGGCAGAAACUACUGACUACAUUUGAAGGUGAAGCCAUCUCCAUGGAAAACCAGACACCUGACUGUAAACUACCACGUGACAAAGGCAAUUUUGAUUAGGAGCUGCUUGACCAAACCUUCUUCUGCUAUGGAGGUGAAAUGACUUUCUUUCAAAUGGGAAGAAAGGGAAGUGGCUGCCUUCUACCUUUCCAAUCACCUCCCAAGCAAGAUUAAUAACCAUUUGGAACCCACAACAUUGGGAAUGUAUCCUUUAGGAACUGGAAUAUUAUUGUACUACUGGAGUGUCAUGGUGGCCACUCUUGAAAAGUACUGACUGCACUGAUCCCAGGCAGAAGGAGAAAGCAGCUAACUCAAGAAUAUUUUGGAGGCUUAACAGCAUUCAACAGUAGAAAAACUCAAGAAGGAUUUUCCCCUUUCUAACUGUUAACUAAUGACCAUGGUAGAGAAGAGGGGUGGUACUGACUGAAGAGCAAAGGCCAGUCUUUGAUGGUUUUUUUUAAUUCUUUCCUUUCAUCCCUCUAUUCCGUAAGUGCCUGUCUUCUCACUGGGAGCCCAGACUGCAUCUGCUUCAGCUCCAAGAAUAACAAAAAUAUGCAAAACUUGGAAUUAAGGCAUUUUCGUAUGGAGUUUCUGAAAUGGGAAAAAGUGACAUAAAGGGCAAGGAUGUGUAGUUUUAAAAGAAUGUGAUUGCACUGUACACUUUCAAGGACUGUAUAAGAGAGGAGCAUACACUGUGUGACCUUGGGAGACAGCUACCCUACUGUGGAAGUGAUUCCUUAUCUUCUACUCCUUUAGCAACGCCCAAUCUCUACACCAUACUCUUUGAAGAUGCAAUAGAGUAUAAAAUAUUGUGAAUGCAUCUAAUCUGCAAGAGAAACUGAGACUGGCAGAUUCAUCUUUUGAACUGGGCAGGGGGGGAGGGGAGGAAGGGGCUUCUGAGCUACAGUAGGCUAAGUCAGUUGAGGUCCACACUGAGUCCUACAACAAUAUAGUGAACCCCCAAUAACAAGGAGCCACCAGACUGGCUAACAAAUGGCAAACAAGCUCAAGGUGGAAAUGGAACAUAUCUAAGCUGGUCAAUAGGGCUACAUUGAAUGGGAAUGCGUCUGUGAAUAACCCCUGUACUUCCAGUCUGGUGAGUUAGGGAGAUCCAAGGGAGAAAACGCAGUGCUUGGGUAUAGCAGGGUUUUUUUUGUUUCGUUUUCAUUCCCAAGCAGCCAACUUCAAUAAAGUCACUUAGCACUAUCAUCCUAAAAGACUCAUUCUUGAGGAAAAUAUAAAACAUAAACAGAUAGGACAGAAAAAAAGAGGGUCCAAAAAAAAGAAAAAAGAGGACCAUCAGUGGAAAUUGGUUUUGUCACAUGAUUAAAAAGUAAAAGUUCAUUUUCUUUCUUCGUUUAAGAGAGAUUGAAAAGCUCAUCUUUUCUACAACCUUAUAUGAAUACCUUUUUUAGGAAGGCAUCCAAAUCUUGUUGGUGAAAUAUGUAUAACAACUGUGGCACCUGAGAGGGAGUUUCUCAGCUUUGGAAAAAUUGCAAAGGGGACCAAGUUCCUUUCAUAGUUGCCUAUGUCCCUCUAUUUCCCUCCUCCCACCUGCCCAAUGUCCAAUAUAACUUUAAGCAAUAUGAAAUGUCCCAGUGGCCAUCCCACCAAGGUCUUCCCUUCACUGAAGUGAACCAUAUUUCAGAAUUAUCUGUUCUCCAAUCUAAUAAUCUCCUUCCUUGAGUACCAACUGAAUUCAGUGGCAGAAAGUAAUUUUAUUAAAGUAAUUCAAACUGAUAUGUGAAUGAUUUCUAGGCUUAACUCUACCAGGGGAUAGUUAUCACUUUAAAAGAUGGUUUGUUGAUUUAAAUGAAACCCUAAUCAGUAGUCUAUAUUGAGGAUAUAUAUGGAGGGGUCAUCCUGUGACCUCUUUGCUUUCUCACCUCAGAAAUGAAAAGUAAACAGUGUUGAAUGAGCAGUCAUUUUCACUUUUAUAACUCUGAAUCAAUCAGUAAGUUAUCAGUCAAAGCUUUCCAAACGUGCUGUCAGCAGAUUUCACAAGUUGCUGUUUUAUUUCUUACAGAAUGCCACACCUCUUCCCAACCACUUUCUGUGCCCAUUUAUUCGCAUUGUGAAACAGCAUGAAAAAGAUGAAUUCCAAAGAGCCUUUCAUAUUUGUCCAUUUAGAACUCAUAGCUCCAAGGGCUGAGAUUGAGUUACUGGUCUUUCUGUAUUGUGGAGUUCCAUAUCUUGUGUAAUUGGUAGCCCUAUUGAAAAGUAGAGACCCGCCAACCAGCUACACUCAUAUUAGUGUCUUCCACAGGCUCAAAAAGCCAUGCCCCUCAUUGAAAGGUGUUGGAAAAGAUGCCAAUUGACACCUUGAGGUACUUUUGGUCUGUGUCAGACUUCUAUUCUGCCUUCUAUAGAAGGUUAUUACACUUUUCUGAAAUUUUUGAAGCUUCUAUAUGUGGUUCCUGCUCUUCUCUAGCCUGAAAUGUUUAGAUGUUUUAAAUAUUUGUCUUUAUACCAUUACAGGGUUGGGGGAGGGAAGUUGGAAGGAGAUCUCAAUCCCAUCUGUCUGUAUUUAUCCCAUUUGGGGAAUUAAUGUUUCAAAAAUUCACAAUGUAAAACUGCUUCAUCGUAGAUAAUUUGUCUGGAAUUAUAAAAUUUUAAAUUUUAUCUUUAAAAUGUGUCCUGUCUCGGGGGGAAUAACAUGUUUAUUGCCUAUGCUCACAUUGACUGGAAAAGAGAAGGUGCUUACAUCAUACAGAUACAGAUGUAUAUAUUUUCAUUUCAUAUAAUAAGUAAGUUGGUCAUUGUGUUAAUAUUUUCUGAUUGAAGAGGAGGGCCAAAUAAAGAAGAAAAAUAGCUACUGAACCACUUCCCAAACUGAGUCUUUGACAAAAAAUACAGUUAGUUUUAGGGAUCUCUCCUACUCUCAAAGAAAUGGUGGGUGGCAGACCAUACAUCAGUUUUCAUUAAUUAGUGAACCUUGGGAAGAGAAUGCUGAAGAGUUAUUUAUGAGCAUUAUUCAAAUGUAUGAUAGCUUAUAACAUGGAAGAUAGUGACUUCUUUUUCCAUAUUUCCACCAGAGAUAUCAUCAGAUUAAAUGGGCCUGUAUUAUUAAGGAUAAUACUCAUAAAGCAUUAAGAAUUAUUUAUUAAUAACAACAAGCAUUUAUUAAAGGCUUACUAUGUGUUUGGCACUGUGCUAAGUCCUCAGUAUACAAAAA